AUGAUCGAAAUCCCUGAUCUAGAAGAUAUGGCCACAUAUUCUACUUCAGAGAAUGGUCAUAGUGGCCAUGAUCUAGACGAAGAGAAAGAACAACUGAUUCUGAUUGAUAUAAACAAAAGUGUUGAUAUUCCUUAUAAUUCAAUUAGUGCGACGAAUGGUAGUAGCUACCCACCUGAUGAAGAGGAAGAAUGGGAGGAUAACGGAGAAAUUUACGAUAAUGAUGGACCACAAGAAAUGUCAACAAGCAUAAAUAUAAAUCCAGAAGAAUAUCAAGUAAGACCGCUAGAGUCCCAGAUGUCUUCAACGCAACAUGUGAUUACGAAUGCCAACGAGGAAGCCCAUGGACUAAACAUAUCUUUUUACAAACCGGAGUUGGAGCCUAAAGAGACUCUGAUGUUGACUACGCCCUACGAUGUUAACCCACAAGUAGUUGAGUUUAAUACCGCAGAGGCCAUCCCUGUACGUGCAAUAGGGGACGGAAUCAACCCCGUGGAUGUUGGUGAUUCUGAGCCUAUGAUGGAAGCGUCUGAAGUACACAUGAAUUCGAAAUUACAGGAUCCUCCUCGUAUUCAUGAAAAGUCAUACUCUAACCAGAGCUAUUCAGAAGAUGACGCCCCUAAUACGCCCAAAAAUUUACUCAAGGACUACACCUUUAACUCGAAUAAUGCAUUGAAUCGACAGUUGACAUCACCAGUGUCUCAACUACCGCAAUAUGUCGGACCAUCACCACAAUUGCCACCUCCACUAUCACUGACAUCCAUGCAAAGGCUAACGAUGUCGAAUGGAGAGGAAUUCAGAUCAAUACGCCGAGGAUUGGCAACGGAUCUGAAGACUCCUGCAGAAUACACGUUACAUAUCAUAUUUACUCAAUUCGUCUGUCAUGCUGAACGUAUGCUAAACUUAUGCUUGGAAUAUCCAUUGACUGAAGAACCACCAAUAGUUGAUUUAUUAUCGGAGGGUGCAGAUACUGAGUUUGACCAGGUCAUUGUAUCCCUUGGAUAUACUGCACGUAAAAAGCCGAAACCAGUAAUUGAUAGUGUUAUGUUUUGGAGAAAGUCGAAGAGCGAAGUUGCUUCAAUGGCAGCUUCAGAGGUCGAGCGGGCGCUUGACACAGCCAAGGUUAAUUUGUCCAAAUUUUCUUCUACACAAAAUUCUCCUACUAAUCCAAACGUUGUCAAAGGUUCAACCUCAAACGAAAAAGCGAAAAGAAGCUUCAGUUUAAUUAGGUCUUCGAGUAUUUCAAAAAUAGCAAUGGGACACCAUCGUCAUCAAUCCACUUCUGCGAUAAGUAACAAAAGUCGUUCUCCAAAUGUUGAGCAGGCAAGGCAGUUCGAACAAGAACUUGAUGAACAAAGGGCAUUUUAUAAUGAGAGAAUAUCCAAGGUGCAAGAGACUGCAAUACACGCAGAUAGAAAGUCUUUGGCGUCAAUUUACAUAUUAUGUCGUGUUUUGAUCGAAGUCGUAAAGCAAGCUUCAAAUGAAGUUUUAGGAGAAGACCUAGGUGACAAGCUAGAAGAAAUUGUCUAUUCGCAGUUGAAAACGACAGAUCCUAUUCGCACUAGUGAAUCACUUAUAAGGUCGGCUAAUUGGAACUUAUUUGCUGAGCUUUUAGGUUUCAUGUCUGAGAAAAGGUUUUUGAGUGUUAGCGAUAGAUUCAUCGCAGAUCUUGAAAAGGUUCCAACAAACGUCAACCCUUCUGACAUUCCUCGAUUACAUCUUCUCAUCAGUGGAAUGAGAUAUUUGAAACUCACAAACUAUCCAUUAGAAGUAUUUGAAGAAAGUGCCGACUUUAUCCUGUCAUUGGCGAAGUUCUUCGAAAAAGCGGGAGACGAGUCUAUAAUUUUUGCCUAUUGUGAAGUUUUGAGUAACUUACUAAUUCCCCUUGCAAAUAUACUCACUGCAGAGACAAACCAUCCUACAUGGAUAGCUGCUUUGCAGAAGAUAUUCGGUAAAGCAACCCAAAUCUGGAAUCAAGUAAAUAAAUCUAGCAUCGCAUCAUCGGGGGAAGGAUCUAAAAGUGGCUGGGCCCAUGCAUUGAGACUCCAAACUGCAGCUCUUUCUGUAUCAAAUAAGGAGUUGUUUUCCUCGGUAUGGUUCAGUAUAAUUGAAGAUAACUUGUUUAAGCUUAAACCAAAAUCUGACAUAGAUGGAAGAACAACUUAUAUCAUUUGCAUAACCAGACUAUUGUGGGUUUAUACCUAUCGAUUACCUGAUACUUUGAACAAUACCAUCAGGAAACUUGAUAACUUAUUUAAUUUGCUAUUUUUCAGUAGCAGCGCAGUUAGUAAAAAGAACCAGUGGAUCAACGCAGACCCAUAUUUAUUAAGUUCUUUAGUUGAAUUUAUUAGGGUCAUAGGGUAUCAGCACUUGAAUUACGUUCUAGAUAAUGUUUUGAUAAAGCUUUUAAGCAUAAGUUUCAAUGGAUCAUCACUUGAUAAUCUCAUACCUGAAAAAAUGAUUUUAAUUGUUAAGAGUUAUUUACUCAUUUUAGAAGACCACGAGAUAGGAAAGGAACCAGAUUUUCCGUUAAAUGAUGUGACAGGAAGCUCUAUGAUUCAGCCAAGCACUGAUGACAAGAAAAAGAGAAAAAGUGAAGUCGGUUUUGAAGAUGUAAAGCGCAGCGACUUUUUGUUCAACGCUAAGAAUGCUAACAAUGCGGCAUCUCAUGAAGAAUUAUGUCGUUCGUUUGCAGUCCUCUUAAAAUUAUUGGACUCCGAAUAUGGCUCGGACGUCUUAUUGACGGAGGCCAAUGGACUGUCGACUCCUAUUUCUAUGAAUACCUCAAAAUCGCAAUCUCCGUUUUCAGCAUUUCAUUUUGGGAUUGAUUUUUCUUACCUGGCAUCAAAAGACCUACACGUCCAAUUAUUCUCCACCUUAAUUGAUGCAAUACCAUACACCAUGGUUCCCCUUUCUAGUGACAAUAGUACAGUUGCAGGAAUUCAGUUCAAAACGGUUGUGGAGAUUCUAACUAGAAAUGCCAUAAAUCCAAACUUUGCAAUCGCAAAUGUCGCUAUCAGCGCUUUGAAAAGGUUAGCAUCAAGAAAGAAUCCAAGUAGUCUAAUAACUAUAUUUGCGAAGGUAGCUUUCCAAUUCAGUGACAAACCUACUCCAAUCUACAAUACUGACUAUUGUAAUUCUCCGGAAUUUCAGAGACUUUUGAAAAUCUACGUAGACCUAUUAAAUUGCUGGUUGAAGCAAUUUAAUAGAGACUCUUCAGGAAAUUUAGAUUCUUCAGCUGUAAAGUCUGUUGAUGAUGAAUUGAUGAAUAAAGAUGUAUUAAAUGAUCUUUAUCAAAUCAAUUACACUGGAGAUGAUUUGAUAUCAUCCACAACAAAAGCGAAGCCGGCAGAGGAAAUUGAAUGGAAGUCCAUAAUCACGAUAAUCGAAGAAGUGGAGGGAAAUGGUUUAUUCUUUCUCUGCUCGCAUGACUCGCAGACAAGGCACUUCGGGAUUUCAAUAUUAAAAUUGGUUGAAAAAUUUGAUCAAGCGAUUUAUAACAUUACAGAUAAUCCCCACAAUAGACUGAUUAGUCCUAGUGGUUCGAACCAAACUUCAAAAACUCACUCAAGAAGCUCGUCGAAGUUCGCUGCUGACGUUGGCACAAGACUUAUACACAUAUUGGAGGAUAGUGAUUUCGUGGAGCUCAUUAGGCCAUAUAGAAAAGAAUUGAGUGUUCCUGAGCGUAGUAGACUCUCGAAGUUGAAAACAAAGAAAGGGAUAUUGGUCAAAAUAGCUGAAUCUGAUCACGGCAUCGAUUCAACAAUUUGGUUCAGACUCUUCCCAAAAUUGUUGGAUAUAUUUUUCGAAAAAUGUCCCAUGCCAGUUGCGAUGUGCAGAUCUAUCGUCUGCGUUCGAUUAGUACAGAUGCAUGAACUUGUUCACGAAUUCUCUACGUAUUCCAAAACCUAUACGACAUCACUAUUUUCAAGGUCAACCAAUUCCACGCCGCCGGAAAUUUUAGUUAUUCAGUGGAAAGUAUACUUAAUAUUUGCAUGCUGCUCAUUGACGUCAACAAAUGAACAAAAAAUAUCAUUCCCCUCCCAACCUACUCACGGAAGAAAAAGAUCAAUGCAGAUGUUCAUUCAACACCAAAAGAUUACAAGUGCAAAAUCAGUUUUUAGAAUGGUCUUGCCCUUUUUAAGAUCACAACAACAAAUGGUUCGAGAUGCAGUGAUUUCAGGUUUGAGUUGCAUAAAUAUUAAUAUAUUCAGGACUCUUUUGGAAAAUUUGCCACCAAGUUUGAACGAUUGGAACACUGAUAAACGAAGGGAUCCCGCUGAGGAUCGAUUAAGGGUCGAGAUAAUUCAUAUCCUUAACAACAUCACAAAGAGAUUCGCUAAGAAUACGUCAAUAUAUUCUGACGAAUGGAUGGUUGCAAAUUUGGUAUCUAUAAUCAAGAAUGUCAAAGCAUUCUUAUCAAAUCCUUCUAUUCAGGUGAACAUUGAUUUUCAAAGGUUGCGUCGAUUUUUCUGCGUCUUUUUAGAAAAUGUAUUUUCAGGAUUACAAGAGACACCGAAUUGGAACAAGUGGCUUCCAUUUGAGGCCAGAAUAGGUUGCUUCAACUUUUUAAAAGAAUGGUGCGGUUAUGGUGAGGGAAGCGAUAUUGCUGAAGAUAGGUACGAAGCAAUGCUUAAACAUGUAACUCAUCGAAAAGAUGCACCUUCAGCUGUCGCAAUCCUUGAGAUAGAGAGAAAGGCAUUACUGUUCGCAUCUUUAAGUAGCAUGGCUAAUUUGUGUGCUGGGCCCCUCAAACAACUGAUUGAAGUUCCAGGUAGUGUCGCUGUAAUGUCAUUUGAUAUAACAGCUUUAAUGAGCUGGAUCCACUCUUUGUUAUCUGCAGAAUCCGAUAAAGUGCAUGAAUAUGGUAAAAUUGCAUUAAAAAAUGUCUUGUCCUUAAACUUUAAAAACGAAAUAAUUUACCUGGACGUGUUGAAACAAUGUUACACCACCCAGAGAUACGCCACAACGACAGAAAAUUAUUUCACUACGUUUGUUGAUGCAUUUUUAGAACAGGGAAAACUAGACAGGAUUCACUAUGACUUAUUCUGUUUGACAUCGUUUUUGGUGGGGCAUGACAGUUAUGAAAUUAGGUUUUCGGCGAUGAACCUUUUGAAGCAUCUCGAAAAAGAACUUUACGGUGAUACUCAAGUUGAGAACUUUACAGAGUCAGUCUGCAGUAAAACAAAAGUCGUUUAUAAAAAGGCAUUGUAUGAUAUAUCUGUCCUUCUCGCAUCGAACCAUCCUGAGGCAUCAAUUUAUAAAAUAAGCUAUUUCACGAAAUACUUCAAUCUUGUCGGAAGUGAUUCUAGAGGCGACAUUUUCUCAUGUCUACUUCCUUGGAUGCAAAAGGUGGAAUUAAAAGACAGAGAAUCCUCUGAAAAUGAAAAGCAAAACAGCAAACAACCUGAGACCAUAAAUAAACUCAAGCCAGAGUCUAUCAUGGUUUUGAACAAUUUGUUUGAAAUUACGGUUAGAUUUAGCUCUAAAAUUUCAAAUGAGGUUGAAGCAUUUUGGGUUGCUUUGGGGAAUAGUAACAAUAAUUUUGAUAAGAUCAUAGAAUAUCUUAUUAGUAAUUGUUUGGAAAGAAAGAAUCCACUCUUUGUUGAGUACUCGAGGCAAAUAAUAGAUUAUUUGACUUUCUCUCAACCUGACCCUUUAUAUAUUAUUGACAAGUUCAUCAAUAACUUACAACCGAAGCUCAUGGUUCCACCGCUCCCACAUUCUGUGGCAACUUCUUACGACUCAUUCCCUGAAUUUCCUUAUAUUGCUGAUCUUUGGUCCAUCAUACCUUUCAACGAAAAAGAUGCUGCCUUCUCAGUUGGUCAACUAUCUAUGAUAUUUUUAGUGGAUUUGUUUACAACAAGAAAUGAUAAGAUGAUUGAGAGAUUGCCUUUGUUAUUGCAUGUAUCAUUUUCAUUACUUGAUCAUUAUAUUCUAGUAGUUCAGGAACAAGCCGGUGCAAUGUUGAUUCACUUAAUUCAGUCUCUUGCACCUCAUGAGCCCAAAUCUUUAGACACAAUUAAAGCAUUACGACAACGAGAUAAUUUCAAGAAUUUGUGGGUAUAUGAUGAUUUGAAUAAUGAUAAGAAAGGGGCUAGGACACCACGAAAUAUGGAUGUCUUAGCACGAAACAUAUUGGAGAUAUUUUCUCCAGUAUUGCCUUCUUUGCAAGAUGAAUGGGGCAGAAUGUCUCUUAAUUGGGCCACAAGUUGUGCCGUUAGGCAUAUUGCUUGUCGAUCCUUUCAGUUGUUCAGGUCUUUACUAUCAUUCUUAGAUCAGAGUAUGCUCAAAGACAUGCUUCAUCGUUUAUCAAAUACUAUAUCUGAUGAAACAUUAGAUAUCCAAGGAUUUGCAAUGCAAAUUUUAAUGACUCUCAAUGCGAUAACUGCUGAAUUGGAUUCAGAAAAGUUGAUUGAUUUUCCUCAAUUAUUUUGGUCUAGCGUUGCAUGUCUAAGUACGAUCCAUGAGCAAGAAUAUAUCGAGGUACUUUCUACAAUGUCUAAAUUUGUAUCUAAAAUAGAUCUUGAUUCUCCUGACACCGUUUCCUGCUUGAUCGCAACAUUUCCACCGAAAUGGGAGGGAAAAUUUGAAGGACUACCUCAAGUUAUAAUGGUUGGUUUAAGGUCAUCCACAUCUUGGGAGCCGACUAUGAAAUUUUUUGAUAAGCUAAAUCAUUUGAAGGAUAGUGAAAUAAUAGGGAAAGGGGAUUCAAGGUUGAUGUUGGCGGUUAUAGCAAAUCUCCCACGAUUUUUACACUCAUUGGACAACCGAACAGUAUCAAAAGAUGUUGCCGAUACUGCGUUAGCGAUUAGCAAGCUAGCUGAUAAUAAUAACAAGCCGGAUUUGUCAAGAAUAUUGGUUUCGUUAGCCAAAAAUAGGUUUAGGUCUAAAAAGGAUUUCCUUGUUCAAAGCAUCUUGACAAUAAAAAAUCUAUUCUUUCCACAGUACGAAGCGCAAGUGUUAGUUCUAUUACUAGGGUUUUUGUCAAAUAGCAAGCCCUGGAUCAAAUUAGAGACUAUGAGCCUUUUAAAAUAUAUUUUUCCAUUAGUUGACUUACAAAGAGAUGAGUUUGUUGGAGUAGGAGCGGAUUUGAUUUCACCUUUAUUAAGACUACUUUUAACAGACUUCGCUGAGCCUGCACUUGAAGUUUUGGAUGAAGCAGUCAUCAUUUCUGGAUCACAACUUGAUAAAGAUGUAUUGAGAAUGAGUUUGGGUGACAAGUCAAUGAAGAAAGAGUAUGAAAAAACUGCCACGCUUUUUGGAAUACCUGAUGAGAAUGGAUGGGCAAUUCCAAUGCCAGCGAUCACCGCAGCAAGUACGAGAAACAAUGUUCAUGCUGUAUUUUCUACUUGCGCAGUUCCAACUUACGUGGACGAGAAUGAUGAGGAAGGCAAGGAUGAAGAGAUUCAAUUUCACCUAGAUGACUACUAUGCGCCAGUUACAGAUUAUGCUGAUACAGUCUCUGUAAGUAUCGAUGAGCCAGAUGCGUCCUUGAGCAAUAUGUGGGCCGCUUUAGAUGAUUUCGAUUCAUUCUUCACAAGAGAUUCCGAUCCAAAUGGCGUGAACGCAAUACCAACUUUGAAAAGUGCGCGACAUGAUGGUAGCCAUUUUCAGGAUAUGUCUCACAAUAUUCAUCACCCGGGUGGUGCUGAUGCAAUGCCGAAGAUGGACCCAGUCCCUGUCGUAUAUGAUAAGAAGGCGUCUUUGAUCUUAAAUAGAAGUUUGGCAAGAACUGAAUCUAAUACUUCAUUUAAGACAAGCUUGGCUGAUUCAAUUGGAACUUCUAAUGUCGCUAGCAACGUAUCACCUGCGCAUGCUAGAAGAUCUUAUAUUCCUUUUAGGCAUAGCAAAAGCAACUUGAAAAAUAAAUUCGAAAUCCCAAAUGCACCUCUUUCCCCAGGGGCGACGGUUUAUGAGCAUCAUAAUGUAUCUCUGCUGUCGAAGUCACAUAUUGCAACACCUGCACUAUCUUCAAUAUAUGGGUCACCGUCGAUAGCACCAAUAGACUUUGGUCAGGAAAGCCGCCCCCUGCCGCUGACGAUGACAGAACAUUCUAUGUUCGAUCACUUUCUCGUUGGUAAUAAAAGAAAAUCGAAGCGUGGGCCUAGGUCGUCUCCCAAUGGUUCUACUAGUAGCUUAUCCCCAGAAUUGGCUGUACAAAACCAAAACUGGAAUAAUGGUAAGCAAAGCAGUUUAGCUGGUCACUCUGUUAAUAGUCCUCCAAACUCUGCUCCAGGUGGGUAUGUGUCGACACCCAAACUCAAGGACAAGAAAAGGGUAUCUCAAAAGUUUAGAUAG